AUUUCGAAAUUUUACAAAUUACUGUGUCAAACAAUUAGUAUAAAAACCCUCCCUUGUAGAGUCCGAUCAUUGUAUCCUCGUGUCUACACAACACAAACACUACAACAUGAACACCUUCGCUGUUCUGCUGCUCUGCGUCCAAACUUGCUUGGUUCAGAAUGUUUGGGGCCAGCUGAUCGGUCCCGGUUGCGGCGGCGCUUAUGGUCUUGGCGCUUACGGCCUCGCUGACGGUAUCUACGGUACCGGUAUCGGCGCUUACGGCCUCGCUGACCGCGCUUACGGUCUCGGUUUUGGUGCUUACGGUCUCGCUGACGGUAUCUACGGCCCCGGUAUCGGCGCUUACGGCCUCGCCGACGGUAUCUACGGUCGCGGUGUCGGCGCUUACGGCCUCGCUGACGGCGUUUACGGCCUCGGUGUCGGUUGCGGCGCAGCUUACGGCGGCGAAGGCAUCGGCGAUGUAGCGGUCGCCGGUACACUGCCGGUGGAAGGCAGGACCCUGGUCGCCGGACAGGUGCCGAUCAUGGGCGCCGUGGAGUUCGGAGGCGUCGUGCCAGCCGCUGGCGGAGUGUCCAUUGCCGGCAGCUGCGGCUGCGGCUGCAGGGGACCCUACCUCUACUGAGAACCUUAUAAAACUUGUAUCUCCUAAAUGAACUGACAAAAUAAAUGCAUUAUUCGAA